UUCUUGCGCCUCUUGUGAGAAGCGCUGCAGCAUUUGUCCUCGCGACAGAAGCGCCACUGCAGUCUCUGACUAAAGUCAGCCGCGUCCCACCGCCGCCACCAUGCCUCGGGGGAGCCGCAGCGUGGCCGCCCGGCCAGCCAGCCGCCCUCCCGCGCACUCUGCCCACCCGCCCGCGCACCCACCGCCCUCGGCAGCCGCCCCGGCCCCCGCCCCUUCGGGCCAGCCGGGCCUCAUGGCUCAGAUGGCGUCCACGGCCGCAGGGGUAGCCGUGGGCUCGGCCGUGGGACACGUCGUGGGCAGCGCUCUGACCGGAGCCUUCAGCGGGGGAGGCUCGGAGCCUGCCCCCGCCCAGCCUGCUGCCCAGCAGCCCCAGGCCCCUGCCCACACUCCCCUCCAGCCCCUGCAGAUUGGGGGGCCCUGUGCCUACGAGAUAAAGCAGUUCUUGGAGUGCUCAACCACUCAGAGUGACCUGUCCCUGUGUGAGGGCUUCAGCGAGGUCCUGAAGCAGUGCAAGUACAACCAUGGUCUGAGCUCCCUGCCCUGAAGAGGCCAACGCAGACUCUGGGGCCAGCCCUAUACCCACCCCCACCCCCUCACUGACAGCUGGACCACAACGCCAGAUUGUAGCUGGGAUUGGGAGUGAGGAGGGGGUUUCUCAUCCCACAGAUAACCCGAGACACAAAUGUGCAAUUAAAAGAGUUUAUUUUAGACCACA